CUAUAUAUAAAGGACCCUUAGAGACCCUUCACUACAUCAAAAACAAACUCUAAGUCAUCUCUUAUAUAUCGUCAGCCAAAGACUUCAAGUUCUCUAGCUUACCAAUUUCACCCCUUUUCUCUCAUUUCAAUAAAAAAAACUACCCAUUUCAUCCUCGGCGAGUCGCUCUUCGAACACAUUUCACAUUAUAAUACCAAUGGAUAAGCUACAGAAGAUGAUCUCCGAGAAGUCGGUAGUGAUCUUUAGCAAAAACUCAUGUUGCAUGUCUCACACUAUCAAGACUCUCUUCAUAGACUUUGGCGUGAAUCCAACGAUCUAUGAGCUAGAUGAGAUCAACAGAGGAAAGGAGAUAGAGCAAGCAUUGGCUCAGCUUGGCUGCAGCCCAACCGUGCCUGUGGUGUUUAUUGGAGGGCAGCUUGUUGGUGGAGCCAAUCAAGUCAUGAGUCUCCAUCUCAAUCGCUCUCUGGUUCCUAUGCUAAAGAGGGUUGGAGCACUAUGGCUUUGAUUUCAAGAUAAGGGGAUAUUUACGUUAUGAACGUAGCAUGGUAAUAAUAAUGUAAUGAAAGUAAUCAAAGAUGACAAACAAAAACACAUAUACAUGUAUGUUGUCUAUCUAAGUUUUGGAAGGAUAGACUAUGACUAUAGGAUACCUAUUUUGUAACGUGUGGGUAAACUUUAUAAUAAAAUCACUUCUUUUUGGA